CUUCUAGUGCGCGACUUGGGUUGCCGUGGCAACCACUGCCCACGCCUGCCCGCCUGGUGGGGAAAGGCACCAGCCCCGCUUCUUUGGCACGGAGCGGUUAAGACCAUGUCCCUGUCGUGUUUCUAUAACCCUCUCUAUGGUUCUUCGUUACCGGCCGACGGCCACGGGGAAGUGUGGGAAGACUGGAACAGCUCCUCCAAGUUCUUCCAGUAUGGCUGGAGGUGCACCACCAACGAAGACUCGUUCUCUAACAAAACUCUGCUGGGUAACUGGAAUCAGGAACGCUAUGACAUUCGGAGAGUCCUGCAGCCAAAACCUCUCCCUUCUCAGUUCAGCCACUACUUCGAGUCCACCUACUCGUCGGAUUAUUCCAAGGAAGUGCCUCGCAGUACUAGAAGAGUUAUACGAGAACCUCACUGGUUCCCUGGCCACCAACCGGAACUGGAGCCUCCUCCAAUCAAGCCAACUGCUCGGUCGUGCUACAUGAUAGACUACGAGCCUCCGCAUGGUAGGAGACCUAUCCUGGUGGCUGAAGAGCAGCCCAAGGAGCCAGAAGAGACUCAGCCAAAGCAGUGAAAAUGGGGAGAGGCCUCAAGACUCCCAGUCUGGAAGGCCCUGCUUGUGUGGUUUGGUUGCUCCCCUCCCCUCUCGUGGCUGGGCUGCUGUCCAAUAGCACAAACUGCAGCUGUAAUUCAAUGGAAGUGUCCCCGAGUGAGAAGGAGAUUCCCAUUCACAGUUGUGGCCCAAAAUCUCUACUUGUUCUUUCACUGUCAUAUUCUGUGAAAAGCUGUCUGACAUCUUAGCUUACUUGUUAUUAAAUAAAGUUCAGUUGGGCACUCAA